AUGCUUCUCUCAGGCUUCGAAAUUCUCGCCAUUCUCGAAUUGAUCAUCUUCACCCCUGCGUUGUUCGCAUCCAUAGUUGUUGUGUACAAUCAUGGCCACCAGAAGCAACUCGGAUGGCGAUUCCUGGUCAUGAUCUGUCUCUUUCGUAUUAUCGGAGCGUCGACAGUUCUCGCCUCAGUCCAUCAUCCAUCCUCAGGUCUCACUAUUACUUACGAUGUUAUGAACAGCUUCGGCUUGUCUGCUGUCAUUUAUACUGCCUUGGGCCUUUUGUCGCGAGUUCAAAGUGGCCUGGACCAUCACGGGCUGCCAGCUGCGCUGUUUCGACUGCUUGGUCUUCCCGGUCUUGCUGGUCUCAUCCUGUGUAUUAUUGGAAGCGUCAACAUAUUCAGCAACGACCCAUCGGACCAAGGUGAAGGCCUGACAUAUUACCGUGUGGCCAUGAUUCUAUUCCUGGUUGUCUUCAUCGCGGAUGUCUUGAUCACCAUCCACUGCUUCAUGAAAAUUUCACACGUUCAACAGAGGGACCGACGAAUCCUAUAUGCAGUCACCGCUUCGAUCGUUUUCAUGGCAUUGAGAACAUGCUUCAGCUUGCUUUGUGCAUUCGCGAACAAUCCAACAUUGUUCAGCUCCUGGAGUUUGGAAUGGGAGGCAAUCUUGGUUCACGGCUGCUUAGGUGUUUUGAUGGAAGCCAUCGUUGUCGGAAUCUUCCUCUGGGCUGGUUUUACAACCGCCGCGGCCGCAAGACCUGCAUCUCCUCGACGCAAAGUUGGACCCGCCGUCUAUCACGAGGACCUUGAAGAUGCCAAACAGGGGCCGUAG